AUGGCAAACUUAUUGGGUUAUGUGGGCCGUCGAAGUGCUCCGUACGUUGUUCGUCGAUUUAUUGGAGCUAAUAAUUAUAGGUAUUAUUCGGCGAGUCAGAAUUUAAAGUCAAACUUGAGUGAACCAGUUGGGGAAGAUCCAAUCGAACCAACCGAACAGGCAUCGAAAGGAAAUAUAAAUGAGGUACAGGAUGGGUUGUCUAAGGCUGAAAUGAAUGCAGAAGAGUCUGUUCCGUGGUAUUUACGUGAUGAUUCGUCGUCGCCUUUAUUGGAAAAUAAGAAUGUUGAAUUGCCUUUUGUUCCAGAUCAUGCACCGUCGAGUGUUAAUACGUUUUUAGAGCUACUUUCAAAUGAAUAUGGUUUAGAAGAUAUCGAAUUAUUUGACUUGACGCAAUUAGAUCCUGAAAAUGAGUAUCACGCAGAUAACCAACCAACCGACUAUAUGAUUAUUUGUACUGGGAAAUCAGAAAAGCAUAUCUACAAGGCAUCUAACGAGCUCAGGACUUAUAUAAAGCAUAAUUACAACUUGAUUCCUAAAAUAGAAGGGAUGGCUUCGAAUAGUAAGACGCCGGCAGCACGUCGUCGUAUGCUUAGAAGAGCCAGGAAGGGCCCACUUGCAACCGACAACGAUUAUGGCAGAACACCAAAUAGUUGGGUAAUGUGUGAUACUGCAGUCAAUAAUACAUGCAUACAUAUCUUGACCGACAGUAGAAGAGAUGAAUUGAAUUUAGAAACUUUGUGGUGUCGAGAAGAAGAUAUAGAAAAAUACUCGACUCCAGAAUCUGCAACAGAAGAGUCUGAUGAUAUUUUUAUUGGCAUUAGAAGAUUCCAUACGAUGACGCCUUUUGCAAGACGUUUUCAACAAAUGAGACUGUACUCUGCUUCCCAGUCAAAUGAGUCCUUGGAAUCGUACCUUCACAAAUUGACAGGAGAAAGCUUGACUGUCGACAGCUUAAGACAACAUAUAAAAGGUUUUGAAUCUGAUUUCCAACAACCAACUAUAAAAGAUUAUAAUACAAGAUUCAAUUUUUACCGAUCAAUUCAUAUUCAAAAUUCAGACGUCAUGUCCUUGGAGAAACUAACUUCCAUACUUUUAGAUAAAUAUAGCUCCUUACAGAUAAUAUUAAGCAAUAGUAUAGAUUUAUCAAAGGAAAGAACUCAAGAUAUGGUCGAUUUCAUGAAAUUGUUGAUUGACUCACCAGAGAUUAAAAAGCAUUUUGACUUAUCUAAUUCGAAACAAAUGAAUUCUUACUCGGACGAGUUAUACGAUAAGUUGGCUCAAUUUGUGUCCUCUUUGUUCCAGUUUUCAAAAGAACAAAUUGACAUGUCACGCCAUCCUGAAUUCCUCCCAUUGCUUUGGAGAUUAUCAUUUGUUCAAAAAAAUGAUACCGUAAUUGGCUCUAGAAUGAUCGACGAUAUUAUUUAUCAAGAAGGUGAUCUUCCUGAUUUACCUGGUCAGCCCUCAAUUUUCCAAGCAAAGAAUAGGGCAAGGGAUACUUUAGACUUAAUUAACUACUAUAACCAAAAGAUCGAUGAAAAUGCUUCAACUACUAAUUCAUUUAAAGAAUUGCUCCUCUUCACGUACGGUAAUGCUGGAGACUGGGCUAAAUUCUGGAACACCUGGGAAAUAUCCUUUAAUUUAUUGAACAAUAGUAAGAUUGACAGCAAAUCUUCCAUUAAGAAUUGGGUAAGGUUGGUAGUAUAUUUGGCUAUCCGCAACGACAGAUCAGCAAUAGUUCACUUUUUAAAUAACUAUUGGAACCACUCGACAUCUAUAGCAGGUUCCUUUAUUGAUGAUUUUGAGUUGAAUAACAAUGUAUUUAACUCUGAUGAGGAGAAAAGAAGCUUCAAAAACUCGGUCUACAAGAUGCUCAAUUCAAUGAAUAAUGAUAAUGAAAGUAACCCAAGUUUUUCGAACGUAAAAGAGUUUGUAGAUAAUUUAGACUAA